CGGACAAGUGCGUCUUACUCCUGACGCAAACAUCUUUACAUCCUCCAACACAGAGCAGACUUUCUUAUAUCGGCCCCCAUUUUCACCUGAUCACAGCUUUGACUUUGACGACGGAGGGGAGCUGCGCGGACAUUAGAGGCCUCUAAGGAUGGACUCCAUACCUGCUGCACGAGACUCCAGCUCCUCGCCCAGCUCCAAGCAGGAACUUUCCUACCCGAGCGCCAAGAACCUGAAGCCCAACCAGGUGGGAGAGACGGUGCUGUACGGAAUACCCAUCGUGUCUUUAGUAAUAGACGGCCAGGAGAGACUUUGCCUUGCACAAAUAUCUAACACCCUGUUGAAGAAUUACAGCUAUAACGAGAUCCACAACCGUCGCGUGGCGUUGGGCAUCACGUGCGUCCAGUGUACCCCUGUCCAGCUGGAGAUCCUGCGGAGAGCCGGAGCCAUGCCCAUCUCCUCAAGGCGCUGCGGGAUGAUCACAAAGCGCGAGGCCGAGAGACUCUGUAAGUCAUUUCUAGGAGCUCAUUCGCCUCCGAAACUCCCAGAAAAUUUCGCCUUUGAUGUUUCCCACGAGUGCGCGUGGGGGAGUCGAGGUAACUUCAUCCCAGCCAGGUACAACAGCUCCAGGGCCAAGUGCAUCAAGUGCUCCUACUGCAACAUGUACUUUUCUCCUAAUAAAUUCAUUUUUCAUUCUCACCGCACUCCAGAGUCCAAGUACACGCAGCCAGACGCGGCUAACUUUAAUUCUUGGAGGCGACAUCUGAAAUUAUCCGAUAAAAACAGCCCCACUGAUAUUCUACACGCGUGGGAGGAUGUCAAGGCCAUGUUCAAUGGGGGCAGCCGGAAGAGGACCCUGCCAGGUAGUGGGUCAGGUUCCAGCUCUCCGUUAAAACCCCAAGGACCCAACUGUCGCAGAGACUCACCCGAGAUACCCGCGAAAAUCCUCACGUGCGAGGACACCCGGGGAAGCAUGCCGAGCGCGCGCAACUACCCGGUCAUCCCCGUGCCAAGCAAAGGCUUCGGGAUGCUGCAGAAGAUCCCUCCGCCGCUUUUCCCUCAUCCUUACGGCUUCCCAGCGUUCGGUCUGUGCCAGAAGAAAGACGAGAGCAUGAUGGGAGAUCAGAGCAAAGCGGGCCUGCCGGGUGUGCUGUGGCCUGGUACGAAGGACAGCGCCUAUCACUCCUUCCCCGUGUUCUGGCCCACAGCUGCGGGCGCACUGCCCAUCCCUCCGUACCCCCAGACCCAGCACAAGCCCCCUCCAGAGCUGCUGUGCCCCCCUAGACAGACUGACAUGGACAUAUCUGAGCACAGCGACCGGAGUACCAACUCCUCCAAGGACAGCAUAGUGGAGAACGAGCGCUGCUCCAGCACUCAGUCCACCCGGAAUGAAGAUGACAAGUCCGGGGACGAGGCGAGGCCACUGGAGGGGAUGAUGGCCCUCGCGCCCCGGAAGCUCAGCUACGUGUCAGCGUUCAGGCCGGUGAUCAAAGACGCCGACUGUAUCGCCAAACUGUACGGAAACAGAAGCGCUUAUAUCGGCUCCCGCACCGGCUACUUAUCACCUGACUUUUUGAGCGAGAGCUCGAGCUACCGGUCCAUGUCCCCGUGCGUGGACAGCGAAGGGGAGCCGGACGUGGACGUGGAGACGAAUAAAACAGCAGAUGAGGAGCAGGAGGAGGACACCCGGCCUCUGUCCUCCUCGGUGUGUCCGCGGACUCCUCCAGGCCAGACUCACAGUGUUUCCCCAACAGGGUCAGAGUCGACGGGGCUGCUCGAGAGCGGAGGAGUGGAGCCCCAGAAACUGAGCGUGCACGUGGGCCAGUCUGACAGAGAGCUGCACAGCAAGCAGCUGACAGAGAGCCACAUAGCUGCGACUUUCACGGAAGUGUUCACACCGGAGCGAGCUGAGCUGCAACAAAGGAGCAGUCCAUAUCAGUUCAGACCUGCAAAUUACCACCCUGCUGCUCUCACUACACACGAUGAGAGCUCGAGUAAAGAGGAGCCGUCUUCCACAGUGGAGGAGAUCGAAACCAAAUCUUUGAACGAACAAAGCAGCGAGGAGAGCCCGCGUGAGCCGGAGGACGGCGAAGACGCGCCAAUUAGAUCUCAGCCAGCACAAAGAGCCAUAGAAAGUCUAGCAAAAGAGGAACUACAGAAACAGCUGUUGGAACAAGUGGAGCUAAGGAAAAAGCUGGAACGUGAAUUUCAGCACCUUAAAGAUAAUUUCCAGGAUCAGAUGAAGAGGGAGCUGUCCUACAGGGAGGAGAUGGUUCAGCAGCUUCAUAUCGUCAGAGAAGCUCACGACGCUUUACACCAUUUCUCCUGUAAGAUGUUGACUCCUCGCCACUGCAGCGGCUCUUGCUCCUUCAAGUCUCCUCUGCUCCCUCCCUGA